GGCAAGUGCUGAAGCAAGCUCUGAGUCAAGAAAAUCAAUUUUUAAAGUGAUCCAAAGAAACUUUAAAAUCAAACCGUGUAAGGUAAGUAAGUCUUCUUUUCUCUAUGAUGUUGCAACAUUUUUGAGCUCCAGAUAUCCUGAUAUAACUCAUAGCCAGAGGAGGAAAGAGGAGAGAAAUCUGCAAAAUUGAGAUCACAAGAUUAAGAGUAAGUCAAAAGUGGCCACCUAUUUUCUCCUAUCCUAAAUUUAAUCCUAGUAAAGGUUCAGAUAUAAUGUGUUUUCCUGUGAAAUAUGUAAUGAAACAAAUUAAGCACUUUUUGGUCCCCACUUCACUUUCCGUUGCCUUUGAAAAAAUAAAUAUACUCAUGGACAGUUCAUCUUCAUCGUCUUCCCCUGAGACCUGCCCUAAAAAAUCCAACCAUGGCUCCAACUCCCCAAAAGGCAUAAAUUCCUGCAUAUUCUGGGAGAGAGUGGCUUUGGAAUAGUGAUCAAAUGUGUGACACAGGAAACUCAGACUGUGGCUGUAAAGAUCGCCAGACACCACAAUGAUUUGUGCCAGGAGGUAGAACACUAAUAAUUUUAAUUUUACAGUUGCAAAAUGGACCACAUGUAAGCACCCUCACACUCAACACUAGCAGCCUGUGUGAAAUUCCAGCUGUUUCCUGGCGAAGGAUUGUAUGUCAAAUGCUAGACAUACGCCAGAUGUCUACUCCAAAAAAAUGACCUUGUUUGCCUGAUAUUACGGGGGAGAACUACUAGUAGUGACUUUUAUGUUGUUGUUGUUGUUUGUUGUUGUUAAUGGCUAAUCAGUCCUUGUGAACAAACGAAUAAACUUGUCAUGUUUCCUCAGGCAAACAUGAUAAAUGGUCCUCAUGCGCCACAACUUAGACAAGUUUAACAUCAUUAAGUUUUAUAAUGAGUUCUUCAUGAACAGCAGGAUUAGUCUGGCAUUUGAGAUGUUGGACAUCAGCCUACAGGAAUACCCACUGGAUUUAGGGAGUCCUAAGCAUCUGGCGGACAUCACAACUGUCAUCCAGCAGAUGGCCACAGCAUUCGAUCCCCUCAAGAGAAUUGGUGUGAUCCAUACAGACGUGAAACUAGACAAAGUCACCAUGGUGGAUCAAGUGAGGCAGUCAGUCAAGGUGAAACUGAUUGACCUCGGCUUGGCUAUUUUCAGAUCACAAGCCAAGGCGGGCAGGGUUCACCAAACACCUUGCUUUAGGCAAGGAAUGGAUCAUUUUUGAAACUGAGAAAUCUUUAAUCAGGGCUCAAACUUCUCAUCUGCAGUAACAGCUUUGUACUGAAGCUGGAGCUAUGGCGAAGGUUCAGUCAGGAAGACUAUCUUUGCAUAAGCCUGUAGUUAUAUUUCUCACAUGCUCACUCAUAAUUUCCUUUGCUGUCAUUAUUCGGGGCUGUCCAUUGAGCUAUCAGCUGUUCACACCAGCCAGUCAUCUAUCCAAUAGCAAGGUGACACACCUCCAUUGUCAGCCUAUCAUCUUGUGGCUGUCUUUUUAAAUAUGUUUUUCUCCCUCUUGCUUUCAUGCUACAGUCAUGCGCGCCCCACCAACUUCCCAUCACCACCAACUUUCAUAGUUUCAUCACUUCAUCACGUCAUCAAACUCAUCAGCCUUAUCAGUCUCAGCGGAAGUCAUCAGCCACCACAACCACCAGUGUCAGGACUCCAUGGGGGGAUUUAUCUUGCUGCUGCUCAGGACUGAUGUCCCUCGAUUACAAAACCUCCCUGUAGAGUCUAAGCACCAAAGACUUUUGACAAGACUAAUCAUCAAUAUGAUCUGAAUAAUAAACAAUUAUCUUUGCUUCA